UCUUUGGUGGGUAUAAUCUGAAUUUCUACUUUAUUUAGAGUCAAGCAAAUAAAAACCAUAAGCAAAAUGUAGGCUUCUAUAUGUAGUAUAUUUAGGGAAAAUAGUGGCUUGUCAAUUAAUUAACAUUUAUUAGAUUUCAUAGAUGCUUUGAAACAAACAGGAGUCCUUCUUUUUUACCUCUUGUUUUUUCUUGUCUUUCCCCUUUCUUCUUUUCUCAACUUUCUUGCAGUUCUCCAUAUUGAUACAUACAGCAGUGUAUCAAACUCUUACUUUUGUUUUCUGGGUUUCUGGGGUUUUUCCUGUUGUUAUUCUGUCUCUCACAGCUACAAUAAACCUACUAUUAAAAUUAUGGACUGGUCAUUUCUUUGUCAGAGGGCAAACGGGCAAAUUUAGCAGGGGAUCAAAUACUUUCCCCCCUCACUGUAUCAAUGAAUAUAAUGUCAGAGGAACAAUGGCCGCGGUUGCUAGGUUGCUAAGGUCAUUGUGACACACCCUAUACGCCUCAUGAACAUGUCAGGUGAGCAAAGGUGAUUUGGCAAGAGAGAAGCUUCAUGCUUCUGUUGGCCAUUUUAUGACCGCUUCUAACAUUUCUAUAUUGAGACAGAGAGAGAGUGUGUGACUGAGUGUGUGAGGGGGGGGAAAUGUAAGUUGGAUUUCUUAGCUGAUUCUGCCUUCUGGUUCCAGCUUUGUCUAGGGCAGUCUGAGGGGAGUUCCUUUCUCCCCAGGCAAUGCAGGUUCUGUGCACAGCAUAGCUAGUGAUAGCAAAUAGUCCAUAAUCCUAACCAUGGUUACCACCACAGUGCCUUCCAGAUGUCUUUGGACUCCAACUCCCAUCAUCCCCAGCCAGCACGACCAGGGAUGAUGGGAGUUGUAGUCCAACAAUGUAUUAGCUCCCCCCUGCCCUGAUCUAAACCUUCAAGCACUUCCUUCACAAGAUAGCCUAUUUGCCUAUGACAGCAAGCACAUGUGGCCCCAGUUCAGUCUAGGUGUGUAGAGCAGGAGGAUACUGCCAGCCUAUCUUCUCCCACUCUGUUUUAGGCUGUCAAAGCUACAGAAGCUGUUUUCAAAGAGCAACUCCAAACAAGAUCUGGGGAAAGGAGGAAGCGACAGCCAAGAUGCUGCAGCUUCAUCAAAAGCCAAGUCCCAGGACCGGAGGUUUGAACAUUUCUAUAGCCAUACAGAAAGCAGUGUGGGCAAAGUUGCAUUCUCUUCCCUUCCCAAGCUGAAAUGGUUCCAUCUGUCCAGGAGAAAGAACUCUAUCACGCUGAGGAAUUGGGAUAAAUUAAGCACGUUCUGGAGCUGCUGUGGAACCCAAAAGGUCUGGUCCCAAGAAUGUAAGGUUCUGGAACCUAAGCAAGAGUCAAGGAGCUUGUCCACAGUUUUAGAUUCAACAUCAACAAGCCUCAACCACUUCUCCACCUCCUCUGUCUUUUCAUCUACUUCCAACGGGUCGGAUGUGAAUGACAGCAUUGAACUAGAUGGUGAUGCUGUCAACAUCAUCCUCAAGCGCAUGGAGGAGGAAGACAAGAGCAAACAGGAUGAGAACGGGGACAUUAGUUUCCUCAGCGCCAUCUCCGCUUUAUGCAUCGCUACACAGCAUAAACGACGGAACAAACUGAAACUUCUGUACACCAAAGACGAAUUAACAGAGGCUGUUGUGGUGGUGAUGGAGAAACUCCCGGUUCACUCUGUGCCCACAUCAGUUCUGCCGUGCUGCAUGGUGGCCAUUUACAACUUGAGUAAAAUCAAGCCUCCACUUGAUCCAGAACUGGAGUCGUGUGUCUUGCGGUUGGCUAUGCAUGGGGUUUUCACGAUGGACAUUGGGACUGGGGACGCCACCAAACAGGCGCUGUAUAGAACAACUUCAGCGACGCUCGAAAUCCUGCUCAGGUCAUUAUUAGCAGAGGAUCCGACCACCAAGCAUCUGCUGAGGAUCUUAAAACACAUCCAUUUUUGGAUACACUCGAAGUACAAAGUGGAGAGAAUCAGAGCUAUCAAAAGCAGUGCUGCGCUCCUACGUUUUGCUGUCCUUAUGCCAGAUUUUGAUGCUACUUGCAAACUCCCAGAACUGGGGCACCAUGUGGCAGAGCUGGCAAUUUGUAUUGGGGACCCCCAAGCAGCAGUCAGCCGACAUGCCAGGGAGAGUAUCUUCCGUCUCUACGAGCUGCUCCUGCACCAGAAAGGGAUACGCAUGAAUAAUGCCGAAGAACUCUGGUGCAGGAGGUACCAAGAAGAGAAGAAGAUGCUCUCUUACAUAAACAUGAUGAAAGUUGGAGAGGUGUUUGGGACGUUCUUCAAUGAACAACAAAGAAGAUCCUUUCUAAGAACAGCUUUGUUAGCUAUUUAUAGUCCGGACCGGAGGGUCAGUGAAGCAGGGAUCCUCCUUGUUUAUUCUAUCCUUGGGAAUGCAAAAGAACUAAUGGAUGUGGAGGAAAAACAAGUAAAGAAAAAUAUAUGGCAUCAGCUCCACAAAUUUCGAGUUUGCAAUGAGUUGCCUGUGGCGGUACAAAGCCUCUCUGCAAGCAAAGGUGACGUGCUGAUGGAGGAUCUUGAUGAUUACGUACAGUUGUAAAACAACCGCCCACAUCUCUCCACUUUCUGUCCCCCUCCCCUCUUCCUUUCUCCCUCCCUCCCUCCCUUUCUUCCUUAUGUUUUCUCCAGGUGGCUAUGUGGGGCCAGAGCUUUUGGGUUUCACAGGAUCUCCAGAGCUCACUUAAAAGAAAAAAAACAUUUCCCCUAUUCUCCACGGAGAUGGAUUUUCUUCCCUCUGGACAGAUGGAACAGCUUCCUUUUGGGAAGAGGACUUUGUGUAGUGGAGGAUGGAGACAAAACUAGAAUCAGCUGGCUCUGCCUUUCGUUGGCUCUGGCGCCACCUACUGUUGGGCUCCUUGCCUUCUGCCCCAUCAGCUCCAAUGUGGCUUCCUGGCAGCAUUUUUCAUCACCUUGCUGGCUGGGUAAAUGUAAUCCCACCAUCCCUCUGGGAAAGGGGGACACAUUUUACUGCUUCUGUCCAGACCACCAGAAGGUGGCCCUCAAGAAAUGGCUGGAGGAGACUGGGACACACAGGGCUGAGAAGAGUAAACCAGGACCCUGUCUGGGUUUUCUCCUGCCCCUUAUUUUCAUUGCUUGCCUUGCUGAUUAAUGCUAUCAUCCCCACCAUUCCUGUGCGAGAAGGGAAAGAAAGGGGACAGACAACAUUUGCUGUUUUCUGCUUGAAUGCUGCGAGGAAUGAGUAGAAGGAGAAAGCAACAACACAACAGAUUUGUUUCCCCCGGAAAAAUAAAGAUGGCAAGACGACAUAUUUGAAAAGUAACAGGAGAUAUGGAAACAGAUUAACACUAGCGAAAAUACAAGGAAAUUAAUUUCUUGGGAAUUUCAGAGUUUUGAACAUUAUUUUUUAAAGCAAGAUACAGUCACAACGAUUAAGGCGGCAGAAAACAGACUGGGGUACAGACUGGCAAUAUCGGAGAAUCAAUUUAUAGUCUGAGAAUAAAUAUGGAUAAUUUU